AUGACAGAUAAGCUCUUUUUACAACGACGACAAGUAGCCAUGCAAAACUCAAGUUUGAAAUUACUUUCACGUGCAAUAAAAGCGUGUGUACGAUCUCAAAGCACAAAUCCGUAUUCAUCACGAUGGGUCGUCUCUCAUAUCGAUCAACAGCUUCACACCAUUUCAACACCCAACAUUUGUUUGAUUGGUGAUCAGAAGUUACGUAUCAAAAAUGAGCCUAUUUCCGAUGUGAACGACAAAGAGUUCCUUCGUCAAAAACUACUCUUGCACAAAGCAUUAGAUCAGUUUCGAAAAGUGAAUGGUUUCGGUCGUGGAAUGAGUGCAAAUCAAGUUGGUAUUAACUUACAAGUCAUUGCACUCAAUCUUGGCUAUGGAUCGUUUAGUCUGAUCAAUCCAAAAAUUGUAUGGCAAUCAGUAGAUGAUCGUAUAACGUUGUGGGAUGACUGUAUGAGUAUUCCACAAAUGAUGAUUAAGAAACAACGAUAUAAACAUGUCUCCAUCAGCUAUUUGGAUGAUGAUGGAAACAAGCAAAUAUGGAAUGAAUUGCCAGUAUGUGUCAGUGAAUUGUUACAGCAUGAAAUUGAUCACAUCAAUGGAAUAUUAGCCACAGAUGAGCCGUGGAAAGAUGCAAACAGCAAUGACUGGAUAAUAAGUAUGAAUGAAUAUAGAAAACACAAACAGUAUUUUGAUGGGCAAGUUGAUUAUUCUAUUCAGGCCACAGUCUAA